AUGACGAUCAAGGACAACGACACUAUACGCGCACAUUGGCGAUGCUUUGUGGCAUGCGGUCUCAUGGUCCUUUCGCCGUUUCAAUAUGGCAUUGACUUUGGUUUGAUAGGAGGCAUGCAGGCGAUGCCAGGCUUCCUGAAGAUCUACGGGCAUCCAGCUCCGAAUACAUCAAUCGGCUGGAACAUCUCGACGGUGCGGCAACAACUAAUUACGUCGCUGAUGACCCUUGGUGCUUUCGUCAGCUCAGCUACCGCAGGCUUGGUGGCUGCGAAAUUUGGUCGAAAGACCUGUCUGUGGAUGGCUUGCCUUGGCUGUGUUGUUUCUAACAUUAUAAUGAUGACCACGACAGAUAUCAAUGCCCUUUACGUUGGAAGGCUACUAAAUGGAUUAGCAAAUGGUUACUUUAUGACUUUCUCUCAACUAUUUAUCCAAGAGAGUAGUCCAGCCAAGUACCGUGGGCUCUUCCUGACCGCGUUCCAGUUUUGUACCUCUUUCGGCACACUAAUCGGUACAAUCGUGGACUGGGCAACGGCAUCGCGGCCUGAUCGAUCAGCUUAUCUGAUUCCUUUAGGACUUAUCUAUAUUGUUCCUCUUUUCUUGACCGUUGGCCUGUUCUUUAUACCCGAGUCUCCCCGCUGGCUGAUCCUGCAAGAUCGCAUCGAAGAUGGUCACAAAUCCCUUAAGUGGCUAAGGCCGACUGGUGCGCAAGUCGACAUCGAAGUCGCGGAAAUAAAGGCGGCCAUUGACAAAGAACGUGAGAUGGGUAGCCAGGUCAGCGUGUUAGAUAUGUUCAAGAAUCCCAUAGAUAGGAGACGUACGAUUCUCGCCGUCUGCGGAGUAACCCUACAGGCUGCUACAGGCUCUAUGUUUAUCAUAUCAUACAAGGCAUACUUCUUCACUAUGGCCAAGGUAGCCAACCCCUUUGCGAUGGGUUGCGUCCUCAGCGCAAUUGGCCUAUUUGCCAUCGUUCUCAACUCCCUGAUCGUAGUGCGAUACGGUCGACGCCGCGUGCUUCUAAUGGGUGGUCUUGGAAUUUGUGGCAUCCUACAGUUAAUCGUCGCAGUGGUAUACGAUCAAAACCCUGGCGCAAAGGCUACUGGUGAAGUUCUUGUAGCGUUAUCAUGCCUUUACAUGAUGAGUUACAAUGGAAUGGUCGCGACUUAUGCCUGGUUAAGUGGCGGCGAGCUUCCGUCACAGCGUUUACGCAGCUAUACGUUUGGGUUGGCAGCAGCUGUGGCAUUCUUUGCCGCUUGGCUUACUACCUUCACAGCUCCCUAUUUUAUUAAUCCCGAUUCUCUAAACUGGGGCCCGCGAUACGGUUAUAUCUGGUUCCCAAGCUCAAUCGUAGCUGGUGUUUGGGUAUACUUCUUUCUACCCGAAGUCCAAGGCCGAACAUUGGAAGAGAUCGACGAAAUGUUCGAGGAGAAACUGCCCGCACGGAAAUUCAGGGGAUACAAGUGCGUUCGUCGACUUGCUAUGGAUCAAAAAGUAGAUACCCAACACGAGGAGUAA